AACCUCUGUGCCAACGUCAAGCAGCCACACAUGGUGCGUGCUGGAAGCGGAGCGCUGUAGGAGGGAAGACACGCAUCCGCAUCACAGAGGAGGGUGGCGAGGUGGCAUCGCCUGCAGGAAUCCAGUUGUAAAGUCCACACACACGAGGCAAAUAUGCGCUAAAGGGGAAAACUGUCUGGAGCUCGGUCGUUCACCAAAGACCUUACCUAUUGCAGAGACACCUGAAGGAAUAAAGACAAAAGAGCAAAACAAAAAGAAAACCGCUCCGGACAAGUUGUGAUUUCAGAGGAAAUCCGACUGGAGAUGAAUACCAACGAUGCAAAGGAGUACCUGGCGCGGCGGGAGAUACCUCAACUAUUUGAGAGCCUGCUGACAGGUUUGAUGUACUACCGGCCCGACGACCCCAUCGACUACUUGGAGGGCUGUCUGAAGAAAGCCAGGGAGCUCGGAGGACCAGACAAAGUGCGGUGGGAUACUUUCGUGGGCCAGGAGAAGAAGUCCCUUCCACCUCUCAACGGCGGACAGUCACGCAGGUCCCUUUUCAGAAAUGUGUUGCCCGACAGUCCUAAUUUCCCCUACAGACGGUACGAUCGCCUCCCUCCCAUCAGCCAGUUUUCCAUCGAGAGUGACUCGGACCUGUCAGAGACGGCGGAGCUCAUAGAGGAGUACGAGGUGUUUGACCCGUCCAGACCACGACCCAAAGUCAUCCUCGUCAUCGGUGGCCCUGGCAGCGGCAAAGGAACUCAGUGCCUGAAGAUUGCCGAGCGCUACGGCUUCCAGUACGUGUCCGUGGGCGAGCUGCUGAGGAAGAAGAUGAUCCACAACGCCACCAGCAACAGAAAGUGGAGCCUGAUCGCUAAAAUCAUCACCAAUGGAGAGCUGGCACCACAGGAGACAACAAUAACUGAGAUUAAGCAGAAGAUCAUGAAGAUCCCGGAUGCUAAUGGUAUCGUCAUCGAUGGGUUCCCUCGAGACGUCGGGCAGGCCUUGUCCUUUGAAGAUCAGAUCUGCACUCCUGACCUCGUGGUGUUCCUGGCAUGCACUAACCACCGUUUGAAGGAGAGGCUUCAGAAACGAGCCGAGCAGCAGGGACGACCCGAUGACAAUCCCAAGGCCAUCGACCGCCGUCUGACCAACUUCAAACAAAACACCAUUCCUCUGGUCAAAUACUUCCAGGAGAGGGGCCUUAUUGUCACGUUGGAUGCUGACCGAGACGAGGAGGAGGUCUUCUGUGACAUCAGCAUGACUUUGGACAACAAGCUGUUUCCCUCCAAAGAACCUGCAGCCGGUCCCAGUGAACUGGAUCUCAGUCUACUGGGGGAAACCAGCAGCCUGGCAGAUGUUGCUUGCAAGUACGAUGAGGUGGAAGAGGAGGAAGAAAUCGGGUACGCUGAAGGAAUCAUGGAAAGUUAUUGUACAGACCAGAAGAAACCAAAGGUCAUCUUCAUGAUGGGUGGUCCAGGCUCAGGUAAAUCUCUGCAGUGUGAGCGGAUGGAGGACAGAUUUGGCCUGCGUCACGUCACCCUGGGUGAUCUGCUGUGUGCCGAGCUGCAGUCUCACAGUGAUAGAGGACGUCACCUGCAGGACGUCCUGGAGAGAGGAGAGCAGCUGCCCGAGGACACACUGCUGGAGCUGCUGUGCGAGGCGGUGGCGUCGUCGGUACGGCAGGGGAAAGGUGUUGUGGUCAGCAGCUUCCCCAGAGACCUGAGACGGGUGGAGGAGUACGAGGCCAAGGUGGGGGAGCCCAGCGCCGUGCUCCUGCUGAGCUGCUCGGCCGACACCAUGUCCAGUCGUCUGCAGAGCCGUGGAAGAUCCACCUCCACCUUCCACCCGGCCUUAGACAGAGACGACGCCCUGCAUAGGAGGGCUGAAAGCUUCUGCAGCGACAGCCAGGCGGUGGCAUCUCAUUAUGAAGGCAAGAGGCUUCUGCACACGAUCGACGCAGAGAGGUCACCAGAUGAAGUGUUCGCCCAGAUCUGCCAGGCGAUGGAGACCUUCUGAUUUCAGCUCAACACCACCUCCACACUCCUCUUUCCACAGAGGUCCACAUGUGAAGACCUCUUUUCUCUCUCUCUCUCUCUCUCUUUUUCUGCUGUAUCACUCCAAGGAGACUCAACCACACCUGCACCACACAUACAGUACAUGGCUCAUUGAACUCCAGUGGUAUGCAUGCCCCCAAAUACUCCCAAGCAAUCUGUGAAACCUCUUUCUGUUUUCAACACUUUUGACGAAGCGCCUGGUUGCCACAUUCUGCUUCACCCACUUGCAUUGUCUCUCUUACAUUGACCUCAAUAUAUGCUGCCAACUGCCGGAUCAAGGCAAAUAACUAUACAGAGAAAAAAAGCAUCCCCUGCUGUGACUGAGAGCAUGUUUGAAGUUGAAUGUGAAAUCUCUCCGCUGCCGUCGGAGGAGGAGGAGGAGCAGCUGAGGGAGGGUUCCCGCCAUGCUAGAAAUUGGAAAUGUCAGCGUGUGCUCAUGCUCUCACACACAGCACCGUGUUUUAUAUUGUAACAAGCAUGCAAGAAUUACAGUCAAGCUUAACUGCCUUUUGUGCAUUCAAUACAGAGCAGAAAAGUAUUAAGAGUAUUAAAGGAUAUAUCGCAUUUGUAUGUUUUUCCGAGCUCAUUGUACAGGUGCUUGUUCGAGUCUGGUAUUUAACAUUCAAUAAAGCCAGUGUAUUUGCUAAACGGA